AUGCUGACAGGAUGGCGACUACAAAUUUCGAAGUUUUUUAUAAUACCCCAACGAUAUAUCAUGGCGAUAAUGGGAUUUCUUGCGAUUGUAAACGCAUAUACAAUGAGAGUGUCUUUAUCCAUAGCCAUCACAGAAAUGGUAGUUCCCAGUAGCAGCAAUCAGACUUACGAGGAUGACUCGUGUCCUGCUGAUCCCAGUGGUUCCCCAGCUGCAGUUACGAACACUGACAAGCUCUACGAUUGGGACGAGCAAACCCAAGGAUUAAUUUUAGGUUCCUUCUACUGGGGCUACCUGAUUACCCAUUUGCCUGGCGGUAUUAUCGCCGAAAAAUUUGGCGGUAGAUACACUUUAGGAUUAGGUAUACUGUCGACCGCAAUAUUCACCAUCUUAACACCUAUCGUCAUUACUAGCACCAAUGGCGACUGGAGAGUACUGGUAGCGCUGAGGGUCAUUGAAGGUCUUGGCGAGGGUACAACUUACCCAGCCCUUAACGUCCUUCUGGCCAAAUGGGUACCAUCAAGCGAAAGAGCCAGGCUGGGUACUCUGGUGUACGCUGGCGGACAAAUAGGUACCAUCGUUAGUAACCUGAUAAGUGGAACCCUCAUUCACAACACACACGAUUGGGCUUCAGUAUUUUACCUCUUCGGUGGGCUUGGAUUGGUAUGGGUUGUACUGUGGCAUCUUCUUUGCUAUUCUAGCCCAGAAACCCAUCCGUUUAUAUCCGAUGAGGAAAAGGAGUUUUUGAGAAAAGAAUUAGGUUCGGUCUCAAACGAAAAACUGGCUACCCCAUGGCGCGCCAUAUUGACAUCGGUACCAUUAUGGGCCUUGGUUGCGGCGCAGAUCGGCCACGAUUGGGGGUUCUAUACCAUGGUAACCGACCUGCCGAAGUAUAUGAAGGACGUGCUAAAAUUCGACGUCCAAUCCAACGGAUUGUGGAACUCCAUUCCGUACGUCGUGAUGUGGAUCGUUUCGAUGCUAUUCGGAUGGGUGUGCGAUUGGCUGAUAACGAACAAAUACCUGGGUGUCACGAUGGCGCGUAAACUAUUCACAGGAAUUGCAUCUAUGGGUCCCGCCGUUUUCAUAAUGGCCGCCUCUUAUUCAGGGUGCGAUAAAUAUUUAUCAGUAGCUAUGUUUACCAUCGGGAUGGGUUUCAUGGGCACUUUUUACUGUGGCAUGAAAGUAAAUGGUCUAGAUUUAUCGCCUAACUUUGCUGGUACUAUUAUGGCUAUCAGUAAUGGAAUAGGAGCCAUAACCGGUAUAGUGUCCCCUUCCAUAGUGGGACAUUUAACACCACAGCAUACCAUGACACAAUGGAGGACAGUUUUUUGGAUUUCAUUUGCUGUUUUUUCAGUCACCAGCGUAAUUUAUACAUUCUUCGCUAGCGGUGAAGAACAGUGGUGGAAUAACCCAAAAACACACGACAAACAAAAUGAAGCGGAGAGCGGAAAGAAGGAAGUUACAACUUGA